CUCUGGAGUCUUCUAGGUUCGUCUUUCAACUUUCAAUAAUUCACAUCCGACUUUUCUAAAUUCGAAUCUGAUUCAUUCGCCAAGUUUCCCCCAACAUCCGCGCAUCGAGUGCAGAAACGCAAAUAUCGCGCGAUCGAAAAACUAGCUUCAGCGCAUCCUAUACAAUUGCUCUCGCAAUGGAGGAUGAACAACAAAUCCCAGCUGCUGCCGCGCCUAGAAAAGUCAACCACCCUCGCACCUCUCGACCCAAGCCCGCGGCUCCUGGUAAUGAGGAAGCUUCCGCAGUUCUGAACCUUGGCGAGUUUCAAGAUGUCGACACCUUGACGCUCUCCGAAGCUGCGCUGGUUCUAAAUGCCCUCCACGCGAAACGAAAGAACGAUCGUAGGAACGUCAACAACACCGAGAUGCUAAACUCGACUUUGACCUACCUCGAUAACUUUGCGCGAUUCACUCAGAAGGAGAACGUAGAAGCUGUGGAACGCCUUCUUAGCGCACAUAAGAACCUCGCCAAAUUUGAGCGUGCACAGCUGGGUUCUCUGUGCUGUGAGGGAGCCGACGAGGCCAAGACACUCAUCCCUUCACUGGCCGACAAGAUUUCUGAUCAGGACCUUCAGGACCUCCUCGAUGAGAUCUCUAAGCUACAGAAUCGGUAAAAGGCUUACCUACCAACGAGAUCUGACGAUAUCUACCCAAGAACGGCGUAACUAUUACAGAUUGGUUAUCACAUAUCUAUUUUUGACAUCAAGAAUGACAGGGAGACUUUGGAGGUGGGAGAUAAAUCUCGAGACCCGAGGAUAACGAAUUAUCUUGCAUUUGAGGCGCAUAGCGGGGAUAAGGGACACCGCACAUUGUAUUCAGGGGAUGCAGAGUCAUUCUCUUAUAAUUUUCCAGGUUUGAUAUCAAGAUGGCAUGUUCGUUACCUGGAGAACUUGGGACGCUUUGCUCUUGCACUACUGAUGUUUUAUGACAAAAAACUAAUAAAUCGAUUUGCUUCAAUCUCGGU